GGUAAGGUGUGCAUUUCCGCAUAGAUGUUACGGUUUCUAGAGCGAUGUGAGGAAUGUGUGUUGCUUUCUUCCUGUUUACCGACCGUGCCUCGGUACGAGUGUUUUGGGAGAGAGAGAGAUUUUUCUUCAUUUUUGUGCCCUACGCCUACUUAUCAACGGCCUUGCAAAUGGUACCGUGUCACGCAUCCUAGGAAAUGCAUUCCCGUGUGAGGCCGGCAGCAAAUUGCUCUUACGGUUACCUGUACAUCAGUGAAGCGAAACGAAAAAAGGCUUUACAUGGAUAAAUAUUGAAGUCGUUAUGAUGUGGGAGAAACCAUCGGUGACUGAUACUCCCAGUAACCCACGGUUACCGGCCCUUUAAACCAUUUCGCCCUUUUCUUCAAAUUAGUUUCGCAGAUGCGUGAGCCAUACACAUAAAAAACAUACAGCGAUUCAUGGCUGAGAAGGAGCAACAUUAUUAUUUCAUUUUAUGUCUUCACCUUCGUAAAAAGUUUCGCAUAAGCAUCUGGAAAAUGUGAGCAAUCUUAGGGGGCACGUGUUGACACAAGUAGUCUUUCGGCUUCGUUGUCCAUGACUUGCAUAAUCCAACUUAGUCACAUGGAAUGAUAAGUGUGUACUUCUCCAUUAAGCAUAAUUAGGCGAGGAAGCUGGUGAACUUUGAGUUCAAAGAAGCCAUGCCUGAACCGAACACCACUGCGCCCUCUGCUCGCUCCUGGUGAAAUGCAAUGGAUGGAACGAACUUUGGCGAGAACCCUUUUCAACCGACACGUUAGUUGGUGUUUGAAAAAUAAAAUCCAAGUUUUUGAUUAAUACGGCCGAAGCCAUUCAACAGCGAGUGGAAGGAAGCGAAAAUGGGUUCUCAAUUCAUCCAUCACGGGAUGUGUAUUAAAAUUCUUGUCUCGCUCCUGCAGCUUGCGCCUUGUUUGCUCUGAAAACCUUUCCAGACAGGUGAGCAUCUGACCUUUUUCGAAUGCAGUCCGCAAAGCGUAAGUCAAAGAAUAGGUGGGGUUCAGAUUGAAUUCCUACUACCAACUCUUUACUAUUCCCUGUCUUACCGUGAGUGGAGAAGUUUAUAGUAUUUUCCUUUUGCUAGUAUUUCCGCAAAUCAACUGAUAUCGUUAGGCUUACCUGAUGUUUGGAAAUGGUAACAAAAAAAAAAAGGUCUGCUUUAUGCUGUAGUUUACUAUCUGCUUGGUUCAGUUUUACAACUUUUGUUUUUGGCCAUUCUUCUUAUUAAUAUUUUACAAUCCACCAAUAGUGCUCGGAGCCGGAAUUAGUCGGAAAUGUUAUCGUUUUAGGUAGCCAGGAUCAUUUCACAUUAGUUUGCGAACCGAUUUUUGUACAUACCGUAUACAAAUCGCUGACGUUGAUAUUCAUUGUCAGUACUUUGAUCGUUUAGCGAUUGGCGAGAUUCAGUCCUGGGAUUCGAUUCCAUGUAACGUUCACCGUCCGUCAUUACAUCGGAGUUUUCGUUACGGUUCUGAUCUUCAUCAUCGUCUGGAUCAUUGACAUGCAGGGACUGUGUCGUAAUCGUAUGCUCACCAUUGGUUUUCAGAUCUUCCUGCUCGUUAUUGAACAUUUUGCUCAACUGCUGGGAUUGGGGUUGCGUUUGCGAGGAUGUUGGUUGUUGGCCGCGUUCCUCGGGGUCCGGUGGUGGUGCUAGACGAUCGUUAACCGAGCGAACAUG